CAAUGCCAUUCUGAUCAGAAGCUCAAGCUACAUCAGCGCCACGGUCUACCACAGCGGCAAUCGCAUUUAGUUCAGUCAGUGUUGAGUCCUCAUUCGGUGUUGUCGGUUGUGUUGUCGCAUGUUGAUAUUGUGUGUGCGAUCAUGUUCGUUAUAGUUUCUCAUUAGAUCAUAGUUGUGUUUUAUCUCAGUUUGCAGUUAAGUGAAAAAAAGAUGAGCAGAAAGGAAGACAUUUCGUUUGGCUGUACCUCCAGCUCUGGUCAAGGGUACAGUGUACAACCACAUGACGCACAGGCAGAAGCUUCAGAUAGGUUUAAGCAGCCAACCAGUUCGUUCAACUUAAAAUCAAGUGAAAAGUGUGUAUAUGACUCAAGACUUUCGGAUUCCGGUGUUUGGUCUGGAUCGAACAUACAUUCAGAAGAGAUUCUAAAUACACCAGAGUCACCAGUGUCGAAAUCCAGUGAUUUUACAUAUUCCUCUGAAAAAGUGUUGGGUGAUAAGGCAAGCUACAUGAGGUUAGACAGUGGGAUUGACGUUAACAGUGUGAGCCAGAAUCUAAGUGAAUUAAGUGUUAAGGAUGCCGAGUCCUACAAUGAUCUUAAUGAUCCCUCAUCAAAAACAAAGGGACCUACAACCAACAUCAAUGAACAAUUUACAAGUGGUCAAAAAACUCUGGAAACCCCUGUUCACAAGCUACCACUGUUAGAGCGUUUUGAACAAAAUGAAGAUGGAGACACACAGCUGCACCUUGCCAUCAUCCACAAGUUUAUUGAGGCCGUUUACGCCCUCGUACGGAUGGUCCCCCAUCCAAAAUACUUGAACAUCAAAAAUGAAGAUCGUCAGACGGCGUUGCACCUGGCAGUGUUGACAAGGGAGCCACGCCUGGUGCGCCUGUUAGUUUGUGCGGGAGCAUCGUCCGCUGAGCUUGACCGACAAGGAAACACUGCACUCCACCUGGCAGUGCAAGCUGAUGACCUAAACAGUGUUCGAGCCAUCAUAGAUCCCAUCACCACUCCUGAGAUUCUCGAGGCUCAUCUGCAGUACACGCCUUUCCAUGUACACAGAGAAAUCGCUAAUGUCCACAACUAUGAAGGUCAAACGUGUGUCCAUUUGGCAGCUCUUAAUGGCAACGUAGAGAUUCUUCGUCACCUCCUUUGGUUCGGAGCAGACAUCAAUGCUAAGGAAUGGAAAGGAGGACAUACAUGUCUACAUUUGGCGGUAGAGCGUGCAGAUGCAAGACUCUGCAUGUUCCUGUUGGGCGAGACCGGGAUAGAUGCAGAUGAGAUGAAUUACGCAGGUUAUACAGCGUACCAGGCUGUCUGGGACAUAAACGAGGACAUUGCGUCCGCUCUCCGCAACCACGGUGUGGACACGUACAUUGCCAGUGACAGCGACAGCGACGACGAUGUGAGUUGAGAGAGAUGUUGGACAUGACAGAUAGCAGUUUCACCAAUGGCUUCCAAGUGAACGGUCUUGUCAACGUAGGGGCCUAAGGGUCCUCUGAAGUAUCUCCAGCCAUUCCAUCCGGGUUUCAGUCCAGUUCCAGCUCAUGUUCUCCACACGUAAGAUAAUAAGUUGUGGAAGUAUUUCAUACUGAACCUAUUGUAACAGAAAUAUAACGACACUUCCAUGUCUAUUGUGUUAUCUGUAGUCGAUUAUCUGCCAAACUAAUUUUUUGCCCACACGGAUUCUUACUAAAUCAUACUCUUGACGGUUGAAAAAUUUCAUAUUUUUAACUUCGUUCAGUGUUUCAAGAACCUAAAUGGUGUUUUAUUAAAGUUUGAUAGCCAAGUAGCAGCUCAAGUAGUAGCCGUAUUUAGCUUACUAACUAUCAAUGGUAAUAUAUUUUAUUCGGAUUAUUAUCGCCUCCUUGUGGCCUUGACUAACAAAAUUGGAGAGAUGAUUGGGCAAAAUUGGUUUCAUUCAGUUCCCUUAGUUAAAAUAAAUUUUAAUUAUUUGGGAAUUUGAGAGGAGUUGGUUUGAAAUUAAAACGAUUUACCGGAAAUUGUUCUGUCUUUCCAUGAUUGUUAGUCUGCAUUUCUCAAAUUAUUAACUUUCUUACGUAAAUUAUUAUUCAUUCUUUCCUCAAUAUAAAAUAUAGUUUCUUGAGUAUGAAUUUAACUGUUAAAAAAAUUCUAUUUAUUUCAUGUAACCAAUUUUAUUCUGUUGCAAAUUUUGUAAAACAUUAGCUCUUAUUAUAUAUAAUCGUAUAAAAAUUAAUCUAUUCUAAUAUUUAAAUUAUUUAAAACUUAUCAUAAGUAAUUUUAUUUUAUUAAAAACUGCAACAAAACAAUAAUCGAUUCUUAAAUAGUUGUGGAGAGACGAAUUUAAUGUCUCGGGUAUUGAGUUUGUUUCACAAAAUACUUGUUAAGAAAUGUGUACAUUGCUGUAAAUAAACUGAUACACUGCC